AUGGAAAGGGAAUCGUCUACCCCAUAUGAGCCAAAAAGGAACUGUGAAAUAAGGGUUUUUGAGAGUUCAGAUGAAAUUUCAACAGAUCUUGCUGAGUAUAUCUCAGAAAUUUCAGAAAUUUCUGUCAAAGAAAGGGGAUACUUUGCCAUCGCCUUAUCUGGAGGUCCCCUAGUCAGUUUUUUGGGGAAACUUUGUGAAGCACCAUACAACAAGACCCUGGAUUGGUCCAAAUGGUACAUCUUCUGGUCUGAUGAACGUGCCGUGGCAAAAAACCAUGCAGAGAGUAACUAUAAGUUAACAAAAGAAGGAUUUAUUGCCAAGGUACCUAUUCCGCAUGGCCAUGUCUACUCCAUAAAUGACAAUGCCACAGUGGAGGAUGCAGCAACAGACUAUGAAUUCAUGAUCAGGCAGCUGGUUAAGGUCCGCACAAUAGGAGUCUCAGAGAGAAACGACUGUCCCAAGUUUGAUCUCAUCCUCCUAGCCAUGGGCGCUGAUGGGCAUGUGGCCUCGCUUUUCCCGAACCACCCUGCCAUGGAGCUGAAAGACGAUUGGGUCACCUACAUCACUGACUCCCCGCAGCCUCCUCCUGAGAGGAUCACCUUCACUCUUCCAGUAAUCAACUCAGCAUCCAACAUAGCAAUAGUGUCCACCGGUGAUGACAAAGCAAAUGCUGUUCACUUAGCAGUUUCUGACACGACCGAAGGUCCUGAUGCUCCUACAUCACUGCCUGCUAGAAUGGUCCAGCCAACGGACGGGAAUCUGGUGUGGUUUCUGGACAAGGAGGCGGCAUCAUUCCUUGAGUCCAUGAACGACGAUGCUUCCUACGAGCAUCGUGAGUACUAA